CGUCAGACUUCCAACUGAUUGUGUUAAUAUGUGAGCUUGACUCGGCUGGUCGCUCGUGCUGGUCUCGAGAGAUCAUCCAGUGGAUGUGAGCGAGCGCAGAUGUUGCUUAUCUCGUGUGAGGUUAGUGUUGUGAAAUGUGGUGGUUCAAUCAUGGCACGGGGUCUGACACCGUGGAUCUGGCUGAAGAGACCCGUCUAUAUCCAGGCCCGGUUCUCCUACCUACACAUGAAGUACCUGUUCUUUUCCUGGCUUGCUGUUUUCGUGGGAAGCUGGGUGGUGUAUGUGGAAUACUCAUCUUACACAGAACUCUGUCGUGGACAUGAGUGCAAGAACUCUAUUUGCGAAAAAUUCCAGAAGGGGAUGAUUGAAGGCUCCGCCUGCAACAGCUUGUGCGAGAAGGGCAGUCUUUACUUGGGGAAGUGUCUCUCUGCCAAACCCAGCAAUCAGGUAUAUUCUGGCAGUUGGGGAGAUAUGGAAGGGAUCAUAAAGUGUCCCAUGCAGGAGGUUCCUCAUUAUGAUCUGGGUGUAGAAUUAGAGCCCCAUAAAGAGUCAGUCUUCUUUAACAGGCCAACCAAAGGGACAUCUAUGGAGAAAUUCAAAGAGAUGGUCUUCAGCCAUCUAAAGGUAAAAGUAGGAGACCAAGCCAACCUACAGGAUUUGGUGACCCUUGUGUUUGGAGUCACUGACAGCAACAAGGAUGGUCAGAUCUCCCUGUCAGAAGCACAUUCAGCUUGGGCUUUACUGCAGCUCAAUGAAUUUCUGCUAUCCAUCGUGCUGCAGGAUCGAGGGCACACUCCCAGACUGCUGGGCUUCUGUGGAGACUUGUAUGUGAUGGAGAAGGUGCCUUAUGUACCACUCUAUGGCGUCAACCUACCAUGGAUAGUAGAGCUGUGGAUUCCAGCCAGUCUGCGACGCAGCAUUGACCAGUGGUUUGCCCCCUCGUGGCCACGCAAAGCAAAGAUAGCCAUUGGUCUGUUUGAGCUUGCUGAGGAUGUCUUCCAUGGAACAUUUGGAAGUUUCCUUAUGUGUGAUGUUUAUGCUGCAGGGUUUGGUUACACAGAGCGCUAUGAUAUAAAGGUGGUAGAUGCAAGACACAUCGUCCCUGAAGCUGCUUUUCAGGAAGUAAUGCGAGAAAGGCGGUGUGAAGAGGACAGUGACUGCGUGUAUGGUAGGGACUGCCUCACUUCCUGUGACCUCACAAAACACCGCUGCACCACAGAGGCGACACAGCCAAAUCUGGCCAAAGUAUGUAUUACAAUGAAGGACUAUCUUCUCUAUGGUGCACCAUCAGACAUAAAAGAUGAACUGGAGAAACAGUUGUAUGCCUGCAUCGCUCUCAAGGGUGCCACCGAACAGAUGGAAAUGGAGCACUCAUUAAUUCUCAAUAACCUCAAAACUUUGCUUUGGAAGAAGAUAUCACACACAAAAGACUCCUAAUAAAACAGAACUAAGUUAUUACUCUAUAUUAAUUCUAUACAGAACACAGGUUAUAUAAACAAUAGACUGGGGCUGUCUGAUUGAAUUUAGACAACCAAGAAUCCUGGAACCCAAUUAUUUUUUGUUGUUGCAGCAUAUACCAAUAUAGACUUUAUGACGCCACGUUCCUUGCAUUACUCAGUCUUGACUCGACCCCAAGUUGUAACAGCUAAGGCUGCAGAGAAAUACUGCCUCUGCUAAUGCAUGUCCUCCACUGCAGAGAGAAAAUGCCAAAUUGCUAUUCAUCCUGUGGAUCCCUGUUCAAAAAACAGACAAUCAAACUGUGUCUAGUCUGCAGUUGGAAAGAUAUAUUUAAAAUUUUAGACAGUUCCAUUCUUUCAAUUUUAACUAUAAAAAGGAUAUAGAGAUGAUUUGCUGGAUUCACCAAAAUGUUCAGGCUUAAUCAUGUUUGAAAAUGAACACGUUAACAAUACAGCCAACACUGAAUUUUGACAUUGUGGUAACACUACAGUAUUUUUCUAUUUUUUAACAUUAGUUAAUGCAAUAGGUAUCAAACAACUAACUAUUUUUAACAGCAUUUAUUAAUCUUGGAUGUUAAUUUAUAAUAUAAUUUUUCAUUGUUAGUUUAAAUUAGGUCAUAAUGCAAUGUUAAUAUAUCCAACUUCUAAAUGAAUUUUUUAACCAUGAUUAAUAACUAAUGUUAAAUAUCUUCGUGUUACCGAAACUGUUAUACUGCCAAAGUGCAUUUUGAAUAGUUGUUUUAAGAGGCCUAAAAAUGCUUGUCACUGUUGACCUGAGAGCUCAAUUAUAUAUUAUAGUAUGUCACACAAGCUCUUGGCUUUCACAUUUUACCUUUGUUUUGUUUUAAAACAGGACUUAGAGCAACUGAAAUCUUUUUCAAAAUUAAGUACAUUUUAACAAACUUGGACUGCAUCCUUUCAGUUUCAAUCAGAUUAGUUUUGACUAAAACAUAUAGUGCUGAAACAUUUAUCUCAGCACUUCAAA